AUGGAAGAGGUCCGUAAAGAAUUCAAGAAGCUAGGGUUCCAUGGAGGCUAUACUCUUGGCCUUAUGAAUCCUAGGCAUGUUCUCAUUCGAUUUGAAAGGGAAGAGGAUUAUCAAAGAUGCUGGAUUAAAACAUUUUGGAACAUCGCCGGAUUCUCCAUGAGAAUUUUGAAAUGGAGGCCGGGUUUCAAAUUUGAGGAAGAUCCCCCCAUUUUCCCAAUCUGGGUCUCCGUCUUUGAUCUCCCGAUUGCAUUCCUCAAUCCGGAGGUAAUUUUUUCGAUGGCAACCACGAUUGGGAAGCCAUUGAAGGUGGAUGCGCAUACUCUCAACAUGACAAGGCCUUUGGUAGCGCGUUUUUGUGUUGAAGUUGACCUUACAAAAGAGUUCCCAAAAUCUGUGAAGGUGGGAAAGAAAGGCAAGAAGCAUGACCAGAUUUUCACCUACGAACACAUUCCGACUUAUUGCACUAAGUGUAACAAGAUCGGCCACAAGAUUGAUGAUUGUCGGGCUGGCUUCCAAAAGGCUGUUGAUAAGAAGAAAAAGGCUCCGGUGAAGAUUGUUGAUAGAGCCAAAAAGAUGGAUCCCUCGCAUGAAAAUGCCCCAAAGAUGCAGGCGACGUCUGCUUCAAACUCUAGCGUGGAGGAGACAGCCGCGACUAACCCUAGCGCGCAGCCAACGACAAACCCUAACGCGCAAGGUGGGGCUAUGUCGGUUUCAAUUGCUGCUACAGGCCGACCUUCUUCGUCUGGACUUUCUGCCAAGGAGAAGAAGACGAUUCCGGUUGAUGUGCAUGACACUGCAGCAGAAGAUCAGCCCAAAGAGGCUUCCAGCUUACCGGUUUCUCCCUCGCAAACCAAAGAACCAGGUUGCACGCCAAACCCUAGCGCGCAGCCCGUUGCGGAGAAGAAUAGAUUUUCUGUUUUGUCUUCGAUUCAGGAGAUAGAUGAUGAAAUCGGAUCUGACAAAGACUUCAUCGAAUCAGUUUAUGUGGAAGACUCCCCAAAUAAGGAAGUAGAGGAAAUAUGUCGGGUUGAUGAUCAUGUUGAAUCACGUGUUCUAUCGUUGAUGUCCUUGACGGAGACUCCUCAUAUUUUUUCUAACGAUGCUGACAUCGGAUUGCAUGGAGCUGGUUUGGAGAACGAUACGGGAAGCUGGUCUGAGGGUGAGAAGGACGAGGUCCUGGUGCAUGGGGACGUCCGGGGAGAUUUCACGUUUACAAAGAAACGUGGUCGCAAAUCCAAGGAGGAGUGUGCAAGAUCACAGGAGGGUUUGGUGCUGCGGCGAUCAGCCCGCUUAAACUGA